AUGGCCGAAAACAAGCUGGGCCAGGUGCUUGAAGCGGGGAUUUUUGCUAGCCAUGAAACUAGGGAGCGAUUCAUGAAGGUGAGAGCAGUGCUUGAUCUCACCAAGCCGCUGCGAUCGCAAAUUUUGGCGGCCAUUGAUGAUAAUGUGCGCUUCUGGGUUUCUAUGAAGUACGAGUACCUACCAUCUUUCUGCUUCAAGUGUGGCCGAGUAGAACAUUUCAUCAACGAAUGUACCUUUGAUCCUCCGGCUGGCCAGGAGAAAUUUGGCCCUCACAUGUCCACCAAGAAAUUGGGUGUUCGCGUGUAUGAGUCGGAGGAUGAAACUCAGCAAUUCCGUGGUAAAUCGAAGUCCGUUUGGGUUAACACGGCGCUGGGAGGAGGUGCUGAUCACCAGAUGCAGAAGCAGUCUAGGGCGCAGGUGGAUCAGUUGGGAAUUGAGGCCCUCCAUUCUGAUCCGCAGGAAAGGACCAGCCCAAAAAAUGGGGGAGGUCGGCAGGCCCAAAGCCACAGGCAUAGAAGCCCACGCGGAUUCCAUGUGAGGCGCUCGCCGCGGGCCCGACCUGUCCGCCAACCCAGUCAUCAAUCUCCGCUGAAAGGCCGAGUUGGGCCACGGCCGGCCGAGCAGGGAGGAGAAGCAGGCCCGAAACGGGACCGGGGAGGCCGUUUUAAGCCUCAGCCCGUCUCCUCUGCGGCCAAAGCGAAGGGAAUGGUAGCGGGCCGGCCCAGGAAGAGAGACCUGCGACAGGAAGCCCAGUCCAUCUGGGUGCAGUCGAGCCCAGCUCCCAAGCCAAGGCGUCGGCUUGUUUUGGCGGACUUUGAUGCUGAAGGAGAAGGGCCUGUGCAGGAUCCCAGCCUAGCAGAUCAGCAAGGGGAGGUGGUGAAAAAGAAUUUUAGGCGACGCCUCAUUAAGGCCGUGAAUCUUCCUCCAGUGGGACCGGACGAUGGCCAUGGGACGCACAGUGAGGGAGCUGGUGACGAUUUAAUGGAUCCCUCUUCGGAUGAGGAUGUAUCCCAGUUUAUGAUUACCUCUCGGGCCCCUAAGGAAAAGACCCCGCAGACUAUUCGGGGAAUGAAGGGCCGGGUCCAGCAAGUUGUGGCUGCUUUUGAAUCCGGGCUACACAGGAAGCCAGAGGAUGAUACUAUAAGGAGCAAAGGCAUGGACCCUGAACUGGUUCAAGGGAUGAAGGCCUGGGAGGAUGAUGGUGAUGGCCAUGACGGGGGUCAAUUCAAUGAAUACGGGUCCAAUCUUGCUGACCCAGAUAUUGACAGUCGCAAGCGCCCGCUGGGCGAGGUUGAAGGGGAGCUGGGAGUGGAGCCCAGCCCUAAGAAACAGUUCGUGGAGGAUGAUGCUAAUCAGGUGGAGGUAGCCAGCCAAAAGUGGCCCCAACCCGAUAAAUGA